GGGGGGGAAUUCUUUGGGAUUUCCUGAUCCCGGAUUUUUCCCGUUUUUCCAGGGGUUUGCGGCUGUUGCGGAGCGCUCCGGCCCCGCUACAAGCGGCUGGUGGACAACAUCUUCCCCGAGGAUCCCGAGGAUGGGCUGGUGAAGAGCAACAUGGAGAAGCUGACGUUCUACGCGCUCUCGGCUCCGGAGAAACUGGAUCGCAUCGGAGCCUACCUGUCCGAGCGGCUGAUCCGCGACGUCGGCCGGCACCGAUACGGCUCGGUGUGCGUGGCCAUGGAGGCGCUGGACCAGCUGCUGCUGGCCUGCCACUGCCAGAGCAUCAACCUCUUCGUCCAGAGCUUCCUCACCAUGGUGGCCAAACUCCUGGAGUCGGAAAAGCCCGACCUCCAAAUCCUGGGAACCAACUCCUUUGUGAAGUUUGCCAACAUUGAGGAGGACACGCCCUCGUACCACCGCAGCUACGACUUCUUCGUGUCGCGCUUCAGCGAGAUGUGCCACUCCGGCCACGCCGACCCCGACGUGCGCGCCAGGAUCCGGAUGUCGGGGAUCCGGGGGCUCCAGGGCGUCGUGCGCAAGACGGUGCAGGACGAGCUCCAGGCCAACAUCUGGGAACCUCAGCACAUGGAGAAAAUCGUCCCCGCCCUCCUCUUCAACCUCCAGCAGCCACAGCCACA